AAAGCGAGGGAAAGGAAAUCAAGAUGGCGCGUUCAGCGAAGACAGCGUUGGUUCUGUGUCUGGAUGUGGGUUUCUCCAUGUCCAACUCUGCCCCGGGACAGGAACCGCCCUUCCAACAGGCCAAGAAAGUCAUCCAGAAGUUUGUUCAGCGCCAGGUGUUCGCUGAGAACAAAGAUGAGCUGGGUCUGGUGCUGUUUGGGUCAGACAACACUAAGAACAACCUUGCUAAAGACGGCCAGUACCAGAACAUCUCAGUACACCGCCAACUCAUGAUCCCAAACUUUGAGCUGCUGGAAGAGAUCCAGAAUGAUGUGCACCCUGGGAGUCAACAGGCUGACUGGCUGGACGCUCUUGUUGUAUGCAUGGACCUGCUUCAGAACGAAACUCUGUAA